ACUAAAACUAUACGAACUAUACGUACGAAUAAGUACAGCAGUUUAUAAGAAAUAUGUUGAGUAAGGUCGUGUCGAGAAACAUAGGGAUAUUCCGUGGGUCAGUUUUUAAUGGUGUUGGAAUCAACCCCAUGGCUGUUUCUACUCGUUUUAACUCUGAUUUUACUAAGAAAUUAAAUACCAAAGAUGAAUCAAAAAAGAAGUCUAAAUCUAGUAUAAGUGAUAUAAAUGACCUUUUAAAUAGUUCCUUGGAACAUACAGAUUCUAGUCUUUUCAAAUCUAAAUCUAGUCAAUAUAUUAGUAUGGAUUUAGUACCGCAACCAAGAGAUACAGCUAAAAAGGUAAAGAUUUUAGGUCCAUCAGCUGGAAGAGCUGUUGAUGUUCAACAUAAUGGAUUAGGUAGGGCAUUUGGACAACUUCGUAGAUUGACUUUUGAUAAUAGAAUUAAACAUUUUCAAAGAGUACAGGAAAGACAUAUUCGUCCUGCAAAAUAUAGAAAACAAAAGAAGAGAGAAUGGUGGAGAAAUAAGUUCUCUGAUGGAUUUAAGGAUUUAAUGGCUCAAGUUACUGAUGCUAGAAGAAGAGGUUACUAGUUCUGGAUACAAGAAUAAGUCAUAAGUAAACCAGAAUUAUAAACAUAUCCCAUAAGGUGGAUCAUAAUUACUCAAACAUCUAUUCUAUUACCAUCCAUUGACCAUCUACUUUCCCCCCUUCUCCCCUCCCCUACAUACAUGCCUUCUUGUAUAUAUCCCCAUUCGGGUUUGUAAAUACGUUAAUACACAUUACACAUUCUAUUUUUGAUAUUUAGACCCCUUGCCUAAU